AUGCUUCCCAAGACCAGUGUCCCCAAGCUGGGCGCCCUCCCGACAGCCCGAGCGGCUUCCACUCGAGCUUCGAUACAAUCGCGAAGCCGCGCCAGAGUCCUUUCCGCCCCCGCCUACGCCGCCAGACGACAGCAACACUUCCUCACAUCAUUGGCCUUUGUUACUGCUGCUGCAGGCAUUGCCACCGUCUCGCAAUACUACCUUCACGACGGUCGCCUCUUGAGUACAGCGCACGCCGAAGCCCCGCCUGCCGAGCAACCAGACAUCCAAUUCGAAAAGACCCGCAAGCGUGGUGCAAACAAAGAGGAGGACAGAGACUUGGCAAGCUCUCAGCAUCUACAGGUCAGGAAGUCCUGGGAGAACCCUGGUGUCUAUGCAUGCGGCUCCAAUGCCGGCAAGGUCGUCGCCCCCGAUUCGGAUGCUUCCUACAUCAAGACGCCACGCCGCAUCACCUUCUUUGACGGCAAGCUGCUUCGCGAUAUCAAGCUGGACAAGAACUUUGGCGUUGCCAUUGACGAACAGGGCAACUUGUUGCAAUGGGGCGUCGACUACUCCAAGCACACGACUCAGCCCACUGCUACUCUCAAGGGCAAGAACCUGGUCUCGUUGGCAAUCUCCAAAGACCGCAUUCUCGCCCUGUCGUCUUCUGGAAGCGUCUACUCUCUGCCUGUCUCUGCUGCUGACCAGGCUGCAGGCACAAAGCCCAGCGAGAGCUCUUGGAUUCCUUUCUGGUCCUCUACUUCUCCCAUUAGCUACCGCACCAUUGUCCCGUCAGAUAUGAGCUACAGUGAAAGGGUAUCGUCCAUUGACAGCGGCCUGGAACACGCCUUGCUGCUCACUUCCAAGGGUCGUCUCUUUUCAAUGGCAUCUGCAACCGACGCCUUCCCUACUAGAGGUCAGCUCGGUGUUCCAGGCAUAUCUUGGGAUAACAAGCCCACCGGUCCAUACUACCAGCCUCAUGAGUUGACCACUCUCAGAGGUUUCAACAUUUCAAAGAUCGCAUGCGGAGACUAUCACAGCAUUGUAGCUGAUACGGACGGCCGUGUCUUUGCUUUUGGUAACAACACUUCCGGACAGUUGGGCUUCGACUACAACACCGAGUCUGCUGUUGUUGAUACGCCAGCUCUGCUACCACUGCAGAAGCUGUAUGCUGGAUCAUCACAGGUCCCCGUAGUCACAUCUGUAGCUGCUGGUGGCGCCAACUCUUUCCUGACUGUAGAUGCUACACAGAUGGCAUCUCGAAACUCAGACAACAGACGGGUUGGUAGGGUCACUGCCGAUACUUUUGCAUGCGGUGCUGGCAUCUACGGCUCGCUUGGAAACAGCCGCUGGACCCACGUCCAGGGAACUCCUACCAAGAUCCCUGCCUUGUCUUCGCUGUUCGAGUACGAUGAAACCGCCAAUGCCGUUAUUCCUAUCAGACUUGCUAGCAUUAGUGCUGGUAAUAAGCACGUGGCCGCUGUUAUGGACAACGUCGCUCACACAGGAGCUUUGAACACCGAUGGAGAGACCUGGUGGGGUAGAGACAUUGUCUUCUGGGGUGGUAACGAGCACUACCAACUCGGAACCGGCAAGAGGAAUAACGUCAACACUCCUACAUACAUUCAGCCUCUAGACCAAGCUGCAGAGCGCAAGCUCAGAGGCAAAGAGGAGCACAGAUUCCAAAUCACACCGAGGAGCACCGUCCGUCUCGCUGACGGCAGAAAGGUUAGCAUGGAGCAGCGCGUAGAGUGCGGCAGAGACUGCACCGCCAUCUACUCUGGAGUGUAA